GUCUGAAUAAUAAUAAGAAGAAAGAUGGCGUCAGGCUGCCUGAAAGUCACAAAAUAUUUUCUUUUCCUGUUCAACCUUCUUUUCUUUAUCCUGGGUGCUGUCAUCCUAGGUUUUGGAAUAUGGAUUUUGGUGGACACAACAAGCUUCAUUUCAGUUCUACAGACCUCAUCAUCAACUUCAAAAGUUGGAGCAUACAUUCUUACUGCAGUAGGAGCUCUCACCAUGUUAAUGGGGUUCCUGGGCUGUGUUGGAGCGGUCAAUGAGAUUCGCUGCCUCUUGGGACUGUAUUUUACUUGCCUAUUGCUGAUUCUCAUAGCCCAAAUAGCUGCCGGCCUGCUGAUCUAUUUCCAGAGGAAUGCACUUGAAGCAGAAAUGUCUGGGAUCGUUAGUGAACUUGUCCAGAAUUACAAUCCUUCUGACGACAAUAAUAAGACCCUUGAAAAUGCUUGGGACUAUGUCCAGUUACAACUACAAUGCUGUGGUUGGACUGGGCCAGAAACUUGGAAAAACAACACAGCUCUUCAGGGAAAAAACCAGACAUUCUAUCCUUGCUCUUGCUCCAAUGACUCCUCUAACUCGCAGGCGGAAGUGGGUUUCUGCCUCCUGGAUAUUAUUUCCAACUCUACAACAACGGAUGACUGGCCAGUUAAAAAGCAGGGAUGUAUGAAAGGUGUGCAGAAUUGGUUACAAGACAACCUUGGCAUCAUCCUUGGGGUGUGCACGGGGGUUGCAGUCAUUGAGUUGCUGGGAAUGGUGCUGUCUAUCUGCCUCUGCAAGAACAUUCACACUGAAGAUUACACCAAAGUGCCCAAGUACUGAGAGACUGCUGGUCUUGAGAGCUGCCCCAGAACACAUGGAAUGCCCUUUUCUUAAAUCCAGGCUAUCUUCAUCCCUCUGGUGACAACUCUGCAGUGUUGCUGCAGUUCGAUUAGGUUGUGUGGUAUUGAUGAAUUAUUUGAGGGACUUGGGCAGCCUCCUUUUAUCUCUUGACUCUUCUUUUAUGAAACAGGCCAUUUAAAUCUUCUUCUCCUUGUGAGAUACCCUGCACCUUUAUUGCCAGCACCUCUCCCUCCCUUCCUUUUAUCCACAUUUGUUGAUUGUGACUAAGCUUAGAGUAUUCCCAUAUUCCGGUUGUUGCAGCUGUUUGCUCUAUGUACAUAAUCCUUAUACUGUUCAUUGAGGAAGGUUUGGAGGGAGGGGGCUUUAGCUUCUGUGGUUUAUUUUUUUUAAUCACAUGCUUUUAGAAAUACACGCUGUAGAGAGGAACGUCUCUCCUCUAAAUAAUCGGAUGCCUGUAUCUUUUUUUAGCUUCAGUUCCUCUGAUCUAUUGAAUUGAUACCAGCCAGAUCAAGAAUUGGACUGUAAGCUUAAAAUACCACCGUUUACCUUUUGGACAGGGAUGUAUGAUAUGGAAAAUGUGAUAUCAUUUUUCUCCUUUCUACCAUACUCCUCCCUUUGGGAAUCCAUUACAUUGGAGACAUUUUAGUGAUCGCUUCUCCAAGGAUGAGUCUGUCCUGGCUCUCUGACAUCUACUCCUGGUUUGCCAACUUUAUAUGAGGUGGUGACGGAGACUCUAUACAUAUUUCCAGUCA